CCCUCCGGUGUUUCACCCACGGAUCCAUCUCCGAUUACGCGCGCAAAUCGCCGUUUCAUCCCUUUGACGGAUCGCCCACGGAGUAGCCAGAAAAACCGUUUUCGUCUUCCGCACUUUCAGUCGAACUGUGGACCGUUCUGUAGCGGCGUUUUCCAAACUUUCGCUUGAAAAUACGAUUUAUUUAAAAAGGUUAUUUAGAAAGUUCUUCCAAAAUCAAGUUUUAUUAUUGGUCGAUCUCUGCCGAGUGAUACAGUUUGACACCUUUAAAAUAAUACUCGCGCCGUGGAAUCGAUUUCUUGUCGGAAGAAAAGAAAAGUAUACUUAAAAUUGUGGUCAUAAAGUUGCGAUUUAGUUUAAAUUCUCUAAUUAGUUGUGUCAGUGCGAAUUUCAAUCAAGAUUUUUGACUCCGACCGGAAUUCUUAACUCGGAUGGAAUUUCAAUUACAGUGCUAAAAAACUUCGACGAACAAGUUCUAAAAUUCAGUUAAUCAGUUCCGAUCCAAUCGACUAUUUUUAGUGGUGAUCAAUUCGAUUUAUUCAUUCGCGUUGUCUCCAAACGAUUCUCACCACGUGUAAGCCACGGAUAGUUAUUAAUCUAAACUCGACUUGGAGCGUUUCUCGAGUACCUGGUAUCACGGCGUCGAACGAAAUGUCCUCGCGCCAGGGCUGGUAAGCGUCGUAAAAUGCUGAAGAAAGAGAAGAUGAUCGACACGGUCUCCUUGCGCCUGGACCCGGUGAACAAGCAGUUCCAACACAAGAAGAGCGGCAACGGCCGGGGCUUCCUGGAGUGCUACGCCAAGAACGGGCAGCUCCAGGACUUGACGGAGGACGACGACGCUCCGAUGGGACAGGAGCUGCGGCUGGAGGACCUGAGCGGCGGGUGCUGCUCCAAGGGGAGCAAGCAGUACCAGGAGUCCAUGAAGACGAUCAAGAGUGGAGGCGCGUCGUCCGUCUUCACGAUCGAGAGCAUCCUGGCGCCCACGUGCAAGCCCUCGACGACGUGUCUGGACGUCUUCAACGUGCACAACGUUAACGUCAAUGCCACGUCGCGGAUCGGUGCCGGCUCGGGCCUCGCCUCGCCGCCGUUGAUCAGGCACCCCUUCCCGCUCGGACACCUCGCCGCCGCCCUCAACCCCUCCGCAGAUUUCUUCGCGAGGGUAGCUUAUCCAAAUCUAUACCCAGACUUCAUGACACAGGCUGCUAUGGCGAUGGGAGUGCACUCCUCAGGGCCCCCGCCGAAGCGGAAAAGGAGACAUCGGACGAUUUUCACGGAGGAGCAAUUAGAGCAACUGGAAGCCACUUUCGACAAAACCCACUAUCCGGACGUCGUUCUCCGGGAGCAGCUUGCACUCAAAGUCGAUCUCAAAGAAGAAAGAGUGGAAGUCUGGUUCAAGAAUCGUCGUGCUAAGUGGCGGAAACAAAAGCGGGAGGAGCAGGAACGACUGCGGAACUUGCAACACGAGCAAAUGAAGAACCUCAACCGGAGCCUCAAGGUGGAGCCUUCGUCAGAGGUGAGCCACGGUCACAGCGCAAGCACUGUCGUUCACUACCUCCAGCACGCCAAUGACGACGCCUCUUCAGACCUCGAAGUUGCUUGAACUCCCAUCUCAUAGCUUCACUCGAAUCUCCUCGGCCAGAAAUGGAGCAGUUUGCGCUCGUCACAGAAUCGUGUUCCGAUGCUCGAUUCUUGUCUCAGCUAAAAAUAAUAUGAUCUGCCCAAAGAGCAAGUCUCCACGUUCAAUAUGAACCAAGAUCGCGCUUUGAAGAAUUUGGUUUAUGACGUCAUCCACCGCGGUAGUGACACCCUUGGUUUCUUUCACCUUAACUUCAUCAGUCAGGGAGAGGCACAUAUUUACACUGGUUGCUCACCGUGAAACUUGGAUGAAAGCAAGGUGGAAGAAAUCAAGGGUGGCACUACAGCGGAGGAUGACGUAAUGAACCGAAUUUUUUCAAAGCGCGCGCGAUAUCUCGGUCAAUAUUGAACGUAUAAAGCUGCUGUUUGGACGGAUCUUAUUAUUUUUAACCGAUCCACAAGAAUUAAGCUCCAAAACUCGAUGCCAUGAUUUAACUAUUAAGUUAAAAUCAGGAGUAGGAGGGAGAAAAGUUGUCUGACCGAGCGUUGAAGAUCCUUCAUCUUCUUUUUUAAGUCAGAGAGAGAGAGAAAAAAAUAUGAAUCAGCGUAAACUGCGAUGGUGGAACCAUGACUGAUCAUCGAUAAGCUACUUUAGUCUUUCAUUCAAGCGUUUAGCCUGUGGUAUUGACGAAUAAGAAGAAAUUUCUGUUAAUUGCAAGUUUCCGACUCUUCUGAAGUGUGGCACCUCGGAAGCAGAACAUGGUGCAUAGGGUUUGUACGAUGCAACCCCGUUUGUAAGUUGCACUUGCAGUUGACAGAUUUCUAGAAAAAAAACUGUCUACGUAUAGGUUGGGAGUCCUAAUAAAAAUGACACAAAAAUUAAUGCCUAAUAAUCACUAAUACUAUU